AUGGCGGCUGCUGCUCAGCAACAGGCUCUAGCCUCACUCAAAGGCUUACUUGAAUCCGGCGCAUAUUCCGACCUCACCAUUAGCUGUAACGGCGAUACCUACAAAGUCCACAAGAACAUUGUUUGUGACAAAAUUGACUUCUUCACACGGGCCAUCCGGUUUGGCGGAAAACGAAGGAAUCUCAGAAUGAUCCAACCUCUUCUCCACACCAAGAUAUACGAGAUUGCAGACAAGUAUGAGGUGAAAGGUCUUAAGGAUCUGGCUCGUGAGAAGUUCAAGAGGUCCUGCGAGCAAUUCUGGGAUAAUGACGUCUUCGCGGUGGCAGCGCAUCACGUCUUCUCUACAACGCCCGACUCCGACAAGGGCUUACGCGAUCUAGUCAGCUUGACAAUUAGCAAACACAUGUGCUUGAUGGAUAAGCCGGAGAUCGAGGCUCUACUCACUGAGUUCAACGGGUUGGCGUUCGGUCUCCUCAAAUUGACGAGGAAGACAGGUUGA